AUGGCCUUACCAGCCGUGCGUACCGCGUUGAACGCUGUUGUGAGGGCGCCCCGCGUGAUGGCUGUUGUUGGUCAACGAGGAUUGGCGACUGAGGCGAAUCCCGACGAUUAUGGUCACUACCCUGAUCCGCUAGAGCACGCUACUGGACGGGAAAAGAAAAUGUUGCUUGCUCGUCUUGCUGGAGAUGAUCGCUAUGAGCCAAAGGUUUACUAUCGUGCCGAACACUCGACCAAAGAAAAGCCCAACCUCGUGCCAUCUCACUUCCAAGAUCGAAUGGUUGGCUGCAUGUGUGAACCGGACAGUGGACAUGUCAAUUUCAUGAUGGUUCGCAAAGGAAUGCCAAAACGAUGCGAAUGUGGACAUUGGUUCAAAGCAAUUGAUGCCGAUCCGGAAUCUGUU